AUGGGGCACGCCCGUCCUAUAGGUGGCCCUUCUGCGGCUUCCGAUGCGCUUUGUCUGCUGCGAGCCGAGCUAUUGGAGGUCGCUCACGAGCGCAAAGUUGCCGUGUUAGCGUUGGAGCGGCAGCGUCUGCUUUUCUUUCAGAACGCUUGCGAGGCGCAACUUCUUGUAGCAUGUCCGGAAAGGGAAGAGCUCUUCUGGCAGAUUUGGUGGAAGAAGAAGCUACCUCUUCACCAGGCCAAACUUUUUACCCGAGCGGUCCCUCAACGGCUAAUUCUUGAGGCGGAGCGAGUGAGUCACGCAAAGGGCGCCGUGUCACAACUACUGCGCUGCUCGCCUCAUUUACAGCUGUAUCUGGAGCGAGGUAAAGGUGCCCCCGGAGGAGUCCACGGACGUGGGCGUGAGUGUCACUGCUUCUCCUCUCAAUGCUGGGGCGGAGCUGCAGUGUUGCCUUGCCCUUUGCGAUGCUAA